GGGUUAUUAUCGAUAAAUUGACAAUAUAAAAUUUUUUCAUAUUUCAAUCAGUUUCUCUGGUACAACCGUUGAGAAUUGACGUCUAAUAUGGCAAAUGCAGCUAGAGAUAAUGUGCUUUACGAUGAUAUUUUUACUAUCGAAGAAGUUGACCCAGGUGGCAAGAACUUCGAAAGUAUUUCACGCAUUGUUUGCCGUUCACUAGGUUUUAAUGCCACAUUGUUAUUGGAUGUAUAUUCAUGGGUAUUUUCGGUAGAGGUAGGCAUCAAUAUUCGUAUGGUAAUUGUUAAUAGCCUCAAUUUGGAUGGUUCAUUGGGUGAAGAAUCAUACGUUCCAACAAAAGAAAGAACGCUUGCUGAUGACUUUGAUUACGUAAUGCAUGGAAGAUUUUACCAAAUGGGUAACUCUAUUGAAGAUGAUGGCCGGCCAGUUUCAAUGCAUGCCUCUUUUGGUGGGCUAUUAAUGUCUCUUACUGGUGAUCCUAAAUUAUUUGAAUUAUUCGUACCAAAAAGCUUCGUAUAUUUGAUGCUUAAGCGAACUUAUUAAAUUUUCAA